CGGCAAACCAGACUAGACUGGGAAACGGCAGUGAGAAAGACAGGGAGGGAAGAGAGAGUGGACAGUCAGCACACACACACACACACACACACAGCGUCAGGUAGAAGCAACAGGUUAGAGCAGCCUGUUUGUUGGUUGGAACUGGCUACAUUUAGCAGAGACACCGGGAGCAACCUGCUCACUGAAAACCCCGAGGAGGAAGGCUGCGUGUGAAGAUCCGGAAUUAUUGCCAACUGAGGAUAUCUCUCGCGGUGAUUCUGAAGGGUGGUGUUAUUUUGUUUGUUGCUGCUGGCGGGACAUGCCGAAGAUGUCGGCGGAGCGCAGCCCGAAGCGGAGCGUGUCAGGGCGGCCCCAGCAGCAGCUCGGAGCCGCCGGGCUGAGCCCGCUGAGCGGCCGCUGCUCCGGCUGGUGCCUGGGCAACGCGCUCUGGCUCCUGCUGUCCGCCGCCUCGCUGGCCUUCUGUGUCAGCCUGAGUGUGAAGACGUCCCAGCUGGAGGAGAGGAUCCUGCACCUGGAGAGCGGCGAGGGAGAGCCCGUGCCCCACCGGAGCGCCAGCCUCCCGGCCGAUCGGAUGCGGCUGCUGGUCCAGGACAGAGUGGAGCAACUCCUGAACCAGGGAUCUUACGAAGACGCGGGGAAACGCAGAACUGCCCGAGAAGCACCGACUGCCUGCGACUGCCCAGCAGGUCCUCCAGGAAAGCGGGGUAGAAGGGGCAGAAAUGGAGAACCCGGUAAGCCAGGAUCACCAGGGUCACAGGGUCCUCCUGGUCCAAAAGGUGACAAGGGUGAUCAAGGAGAUCAGGGGCCACGGGGUUUGCCGGGGUCCCCCACAGUGGCGGCUCUGCACAGUAAUCAGAUCCUCACUGUCAAGGGUGAUCAAGGUCAAGCUGGGCCAGCUGGUCCACCGGGGCCUCCUGGUCCUCCAGGCCCACGUGGUCCUCCAGGUGACACAGGAAAGGAUGGUCCUCGGGGAAUGCCAGGCGCACCUGGGGAAAUUGGACCAAGAGGUGAAACUGGAUUAAUGGGACCCCAGGGACCACCAGGACAAAAGGGUUCGAUAGGAGUCACUGGUGUUCCAGGCUUCCACGGGCAAAAGGGUGAUUCUGGGAAGGAUGGUGAUCCAGGCCCCAAGGGUGAGAUUGGAGAACGUGGUGAUAAGGGUGAUUUUGGGAAACCAGGACUAAAAGGUGACAAAGGAGGAAAGGGUGACCCUGGAUCAUCAGCUGCUGGAAUCAAGGGUGAACCAGGUCAACCUGGGCAUCAGGGACAAAAGGGUGAACCAGGUCUUCCUGGGCUUCCUGGACUUCCUGGGAUAAAGGGUGAACCAGGAUUUUGGGGACCUCAGGGAGAACCCGGCUUGCCUGGAUUACCAGGAACAAAGGGAGAGAAAGGAGAUGGAGGGCCACCAGGAAGAGGUGAAAUAGGCCUGCCCGGACCUUCAGGUCCAAAGGGCGAGCCAGGUGAACUGGGAAUGCCAGGCCGCUACGGUGUAAAGGGUGACCGUGGAGACCCUGGGGAUUCAGGGCCAAUGGGACCCAGAGGUCCACCUGGGCAAAAAGGAGAACAAGGGGUGACUGAGAUAAUAGACUACAAUGGCAAUAUCCAUCAAGCACUCCAGGGACCACCAGGGCCUCAAGGAUCUCCAGGAAUGCCAGGACCAAAGGGAGACACUGGUAACCCUGGACUUCCUGGAGCUGAGGGAAGACAGGGUCCUAAAGGUUCAAAGGGUGACAUUGGUGUUCCAGGCGAUAAAGGAAGCAUUGGUUUACCUGGAUUACCUGGUGUUAAUGGAGAAAAGGGAGAGAAAGGAGAGAAAGGAGACCAUGGGUCACCUGGUCCAAAAGGCACUUCAGUUGUAGGACCCCCAGGACCCACUGGUUCACAAGGCCCACCAGGUCCAAUGGGGCCACAUGGACUUCCAGGACCGAAGGGUGAACCAGGGUUGAAUGGUGUUAAAGGAGGGAAGGGUGAACCAGGUCAAAAAGGUGACAGAGGACCCCUUGGUCUCCCAGGUGCAUCUGGCUUAGAUGGACAGCCAGGACUGCGGGGUCUCGAUGGUCCAAUGGGUCCUGCAGGGCCAGCUGGCCCAAAGGGAGAUAGGGGUGAAAAAGGAGCAGUUGGUAAUCCAGGCCCAAGGGGACCCACAGGUUUGCCUGGAAUUGAUGGAGAUCCAGGGUUAGACGGUUUCUCUGGUCCGAAAGGAGAUAAAGGAGAAAGGGGCGAAAAGGGGGAAAAGGGAAAGAAAGGCAAAAAAGGGCCAAAGGGGGAGAAAGGAGAACAGGGUGCUCCUGGAUUAGAUGCACCUUGCCCAUUGGGCCCAGAUGGAUUGCCGAUGCCAGGAUGUUGGCAGAAGUGAUAUGUCUAACCCCGAAAGCAUGAAGUUUGUAUAUGAUGCUCCAUAUUUUGUAUUUAUAUAGUUGUAACUGUUUUAAAAAAAAGUCAAGAACAUGUUCACACAUAGCUGCUUCUACUUCUUUGUAGUAAGAAGUUGCAUACAUAUUAUACAUUAACUGAUAGAGCAGUUCUAUCAGAGACUCAUAGUGUUAAAUGAAACAAUGUUGGAAUGUUGUUUGCGUGAGCUCUGUCUCAGUUUGUGUAUUUUGCAUGGACCUGAGUCAUUGAUGCAUAUCUGGAUGAAGUCUUGUCAUGUAACUGUGACCAAAUAGACUAAAACCGAUCAAUACGUGGAAUGUCCCUAGCUGCUGACAUUGCAGAUAACUGAAUUUUGCUUACAAACUCCAUCUGAAGUUCCAUCACUGAUUUUCUGCUCUUGUGUCAGUUCAAAAGAGAAGUGCAUGAAGUCUUUUUACCAAUGCUCAAUGUGUGACCACUUUAUCAUUUCAAACACAAACAUUGUGUACAGCGAGACCCUCUGAACUUUCUUUUUCUUUCCUCAUCUCAAGGGAGGAAACCCCUGGCUCAUUGCUAGAAAGAAAUGAAAGAAAUGCAGAGGAAAAGGGGUUGUGAAAUUGCAAAAAAAAAAUGCAGUUGUUCAACAUCCUGUCUUGUGGGUCAAGUAACCAUGGCAACAUAAGUAUAUUUUUGUUUUCUGCGUGUCAACUCCAGCGGAUGGCAAAGUGAUGGAGUUAACAGCUCGGUGCUCUAGGUUCAGCUUUGGUGAAUAUGUAGCCAGUGAGCACGGACUGGUUUCUUUAAAGGGCUACAGUGUGGAACAUAUUUCAUUCAGAGGAUUUGGAAGAACAAGGUGGUUUUGAGGAUUGUCCACAGGAAUGAGAAUCUCUUCUCCAAGGUGUGACGAGAUGGUAACCCUGAAUGAAGUGAAAAGGAAGUAGCCUUUGACAGAGACUGGGCAAUGGCACCCAAACAACAUUCACCCAAAAUGGGAAAUGGAAAGCAGCUCCAGUGGAGAUUUUGGAGUUGAGUUUGAAUGGAACGAUUCACAUCCUAUGGCUGAGGCAUCUUCUGAAAGACAAUGUUGCUGUUACAAACGGUGGAGAGAUGCUGAAGGUAUUUUGCAUGACAACUAGGAAGAUUCUAUUGAGUAAAAGCAAGGAUACUUGGAUUUCUAUUGAAAAGGUCUCUGAAGCAUAUGAUCCAGAAGUUUUCAUUUGUUGCAUCAACGCACAAAAACCUUUUGUGCCUGAAUUACUCGCUGUGGAUUCACUACUUUAUACAUUCAUCUUCCACAAUGUAAAUAUA